GCACAUGCUAGCCCAUUAGCUGUUUACCCGGCUUUACCGAGUAGCCAGGUUUUUUAAAAAGUGCUGCCACACCUGUCGGUAUACACCUGGGUUUCACAUAUUACCCGCUGUGUGGGUUCGGUUGUCUUGUCAGGUAUUAAAAGCGUAAGAGCAGCGCGGCUAGCCGGGUGUCAGCGCAGGCUAGUGGAUGUGUUUGUGCGGUAGCCCCGGGUUAGCUCGAUAGCUAGCUGAGCAGCGGCGUUUCCUUUUAAAAGCCCGGAGGAGGAAUGAACCAUAAGAGUAAGAAGAGGAUUAAAGAGGCGAAACGGAGCGCCAGACCCGAGCUGAAGGACUCUCUGGACUGGAUAAAACACGGCUACCAUGAGACCUUCGACCUGUCACACCGCACCGUGAAGGACAACGUGGAGCGUGUGGACGCCCUCCACCUCAGUCCCGAGGAGUUCAUCCAGCGCUUCGAGCGACCCUACAAGCCCGUCGUCCUGCUCGGCUGCCAGGAGACCUGGCCCGCCCGAGAGAAAUGGACCCUGGAGCGCCUAAAACGCAAAUACCGCAACCAGAAGUUCAAGUGUGGCGAGGAUAACGACGGCUACUCGGUGAAGAUGAAGAUGAAGUACUACACGGAGUACCUGGAGUCCACCAGGGACGACAGCCCGCUCUACAUCUUCGACAGCAGCUACGGCGAGCACGCCAAGCGUCGCAAGCUGCUGGAGGACUACCAGGUGCCGCUGUUCUUCAGGGACGACCUGUUCCAGUUUGCAGGGGAGAAACGCAGGCCGCCGUACAGAUGGUUCGUGAUGGGUCCGUCCCGCUCUGGUACCGGCAUCCACAUCGACCCGCUGGGCACCAGCGCCUGGAACGCCCUGGUUCAGGGCCACAAGAGGUGGUGCCUGUUCCCCACCAACACGCCCAGAGAGCUGAUCAAGGUGACCAGAGAGGACGGCGGCAACCAGCAGGACGAGGCUAUCACCUGGUUCAGCGUGGUUUACCCGCGGACGCAGCAGCCAACAUGGCCGCCAGAGUUCAGGCCGCUGGAGAUCCUACAGAGACCUGGAGAGACGGUGUUUGUGCCCGGCGGAUGGUGGCACGUCGUCCUCAACCUGGACACGACGAUCGCCGUCACCCAGAACUUCGCCAGCACCACCAACUUUCCCAUCGUGUGGCACAAAACGGUCCGAGGACGACCGAAGCUCUCCAGAAAGUGGUACCGUAUUUUGAAGCAGGAGCGACCCGACCUGGCGGCGCUGGCGGACAAAGUGGACCUGCAGGAGUCCACGGGUAUCGCGUCGGACAGCUCCAGCGACUCUUCAUCUUCAUCAUCCUCCAGCUCGUCCGACUCGGACUCCGAUGCGGAGUCGGGCUCGGAGGGCGACGCCAUGUCUCACCGCAGGAAGAAGCGACGGACCUGUGGGACGGCGGCCAACGGCGACACCAGCAACCAGGACGACUGCGUCAGCAAGGAGAGGAGCUCGUCGCGGUGACCUCCGACCUCCGGCAGCGGCGGCUUUGCUCUCAGACAGACCUCCACUCCAGCUGCUUCUGGUCGAGUUUACGUCCCC